AUGGACUUCUUUUGCUCGUCACAGUACCGGGAUAUGUUCUGCUUCCUGGACGAAGAUGGCGGUUUCUAUUACGAGCGAUGGGGUAAUGCGCCAGUACAUAGCCUGGCGGCUGUGAUGCUAUUAAAGCCUGAACAAGUGCAUCAUUUCUCAAACUUCUGGUACCGACACUCAGACUUCCAGUACUGUACGUAUGCGCCAACAGAUGAGGAGAAAAGAAAAGGCACCUUUGUUUCGAGCGCGAGUGAAGUGUGGAACGAAGGAAUAUUACCUAGAGAAGAGCUGGGAUGCAAGUGCGUUUGCGACCCUGGGAUCAAACAAAUUGACGAGACCUGCUUCAACCGGAUCAAAAGAACAGUCAUGUUAUCAGCUUUCAGAAAUUCAACGAACUUUAAAUGCUUUCACCAAAUCCAAUAG